AUGACUGUCAUACUAUUCGAAGAUGUGAAGAGAACGGAACCAUUUGCGCGACUUGCUAAAGCAUCGACGGAAGGUACAAGUGCAUAUGGCACCAUUCUCCAGACCCCAAGAGCAUGGUGGUCCAUCUUUAUGGACAUCUGCUUCUAUCGAAGGCGGAUUGGCAGAACUAGCUGGAGUUUGGUUUGCGCUGCACUUGUCAACCUCAUUGCACUGCUAGCUGUAUCACCCCUUUCGUCGGCCCUACUUACUUCUGAGGAAGUCAUUAUUCCUGGACCUACCGAAUUCACGAGACUAGUGCCUAAGAACGCUACCCAACUUCCAACAACUGCGACCAGAGACACUUACUUUCGAACAAUGGCCGCGCUUAUGAGGAAUGUGUCAACGUCAGUCUGGGUCACCGACACCUCUCUGACAUUCCCUUUUUGGCCAUCGUCGGAGCUGGCACAGUAUGGCCCCAGAAUGACAUCGUCAUACGGUGCAUGGAAUGCAGAAACUACUACGUUAAGGUCAGAUUACGUUUGCCACGAUAUGAGACUCAGGAGCGCAGAUUUGAUGGAAGAGCAUUACUCUGAAGUAUACUCGGUACAGAAGUACGGUCCCUACAACGGAACACAACCCAUGGUCACGUUCGUGCUGGACUCCGAUCAAGGGUGCAGAUACGAGUUGAAGAUACACCCCUUUGCUGACCUUGCGUACAAUGGAGGCAUGACCUGGUCCAAUGCGACUACCUAUUUCCCUACUGGCAACACACUCGGUAUUGGCGGCAUAGUUGUCCCGCCUAAUGUUACUUCCACGCACGUAUACGCACGAGUCAAAGCAACUCAAGAAUGUAACAACCAUGACAUCAUUCUUAUGAAUACCCCAUGGACCGCCUCCUUGAACCGAACGGAAAUGGGUCCCUUCAUUCCCGAGAACGUGACGUACGAACGCUCAUCCGACUUUCGUAUGCGAGGCAUCUUAUGCAGUUCCCAGUACUCCAUGUUCACAAAUGUCACGAGGGCAACGGGCUUUGGAGAUCAGAGCCACUACCUGAACGCAAGCUCCGAACCCGAUUCAAGUAGCCGGGAACUUUCUGACAAGAUGGUGAAUGUUUCCAACUUCCAGGCGACAAGCAUGCAAGACAAUUGGAAGACGUACUUCGACCAAAAGAGCAUGUUUAUUGAUUCCGAAAGGGCAACAGGGUCGAUUCAAGGUUCGCAGGAUGCCGGUAGAGCCUUGAGCUAUUCUGGGAUGGCGCCUGUGCUUGCCGCACUCUCAGGCUUCAAUCUGAUCGCCUUGAUGAACGACCCCAACAUCACCCAGACAGCAGCAAGAGUCAAGGGACGGUUUUUUAUGGAGACGAUACGUGAGGCGCUCGACUUACCAGAGUUCGUUCAACAAGAGAAACUCCAAGGGUCUGCCACUGUUGUUCAGGAAAGGGUUGUUGUUCUGACUGAAAUCGGAUUUACAUUGGCGGCGCUGUUCUACGCUUCAGCUGUGUUUCUCGCCGUGCUAGUUUGGGCGUCUCGCUUGUCUCAUCGACCGCUUAAUCUUCUCUCGGAUCCGUCUAGUAUCGCGGGUCUGAGUCUUCUACUACAAUCCCACCAGGUCCGAACAGCUACCUUCAGAAGCUUGCACGCAGCUUCAAGAUAUGACUUCUACAACUCUUUACGAAAGGAGAACUACUUGACGUCAGGCCAACAUUUGAUCCAAGGAAGCGCACAACCUAGUAUGUUAAGACGGUAUCUCAUGUGGUGUGACGGACUUGCUAAUUUCGGACGUACAGCAAUCAUCCCACCGCUCAUCAAAGCGAAAUCUGAUUGGAGACCUCGUGUAAUUCAAGUACGGAUGCUUCUCGCCUUGGGUGUCUUACUUACGUCUAUCAUGGUCGCAAUUUUGACUUUGAACGCUUUCUCCGCGCGUUCACUACUAUCUCAAGCCGGCUUUACUUACGAGGCCGACAUCUCUAAGUUGAAUCUUAGUUUCCCGACGUUUGCACCUAUCUCAAUCGCACCGACCGUCGCCAGUAUCGUAAUCGGACUCUGGUGGGAUCAACUGGACAUGACGUUCAGGACACUUCAGCCCUAUAUAUCGAUGUCCCAAGGCCCGACAUCGAUCAAUUCCGGGGCAGGUCUAACGUACAAAUCCAAGACAUGGGUUGGUGCAGCCAUUAAAGCAGCCCGUUUCAGGCAUUGGGUUCUUUUCAUGGUCGCCGUCGGCUCUGUUCUGGCCCAGGUCCUUACUGUCUCCAUGUCUGCUUUGUUCGAGAGAACAUCCACAAACACCUCUAGGCAGAUAACGCUGCUCCAGAACUUGGAAAUGCGCCAUGAUGCCUUGAUAACCGAAGUCGACGUAAUUCGGGGCGACAGGCCGUACGAUGUUUCCCAAAGCGUUUUGAACGAGCUGUAUCUUGAUGCUCGUAACAACUGGCUAUACGGAGCAGGGAUACAACAUGCUUUCAACGGCUCGCAAUUGCCCUGGUCAUCAGAAGGUUGGAAUUUCCUACCGGUCGACCUGUCGCAUGUUUCAAACACGACUGGCCCGCAAACCCUGCAGGACCCCUCCAGCAGUACAGCGUUCGCAUCGACUAACGUAAGCCUUCAAGUACCUGCUAUCCGCGCAAGACUGGAAUGCAACCCUAUCGAGGAAAUUUCGAACAUAUCAUCGUGGCUUGAGCCCGUUAAUCUUACCGAACACGAAAGUAGUAUGCUGCCAGAAGAUAUGGCACGACUCAAGAGUACAGGAGGGCUUCAAGUUUACACAUUGCCAUCUAGUAUUUUCGAGAACAGUUCAUCCAAGACUACGACCUUCUCACCAUCGACUUAUGUCGCAUGCUGCGCCAAUGGAACUAUUGAGAAACCGCGCCAGAGCGUCAUGGGCUAUUGGACCGCAGUUCGAAAUCGAUUUAUAUGGGAAGACGAUGCCGAAUACGUUUCAUGGCCGCUGUCUAUCGUGCCGAAAUGGAUCGUCGGGAAGCCCGUCAGUGUCAAAGAUUCCAACGGAUACCAAGUUGUGUAUUUCAGAGAAAUACCUCGAAUGCAGGCUGCUAAUUGUCAACCAAUUAUUGAGACUACGGAAGCUACUAUAGCUGUCGAUGCUCAGUCUGGAUCCAUAAUUUCCUCGAGAAUUGACAGUUCGGUAGAGCCGAUGAAUCUCGCGUGGGACGAUGCCUUCACACGGCACGAGGUACCUGGCCAUACUCCGGCACUCGCCAACAAUACUUAUCGAGGGCCAUUGAACGUCACUACGUCCUUUGGUAUACUAUUCCUGGGUUCGAUGAUGGGAUCUGCGAAUCGACAGUUUGAUGACAAUGCCUUCGUGUUUCGAGACAAAGAGUAUGGCAUUGACAUGGAUCUUAUGACCAAUACAAUGUAUGCUAUGGCCGGCAAAGAUGCUGAAGCACUACUCAACUAUACAACCUUCACAGCUUUGGCCGACCGCACAUUCCAGACGUUCUUUCAGCAGUUCGUCAAUAGUGGGUUGUCCUUGGCAGAGGGUGGCUUUACAUACCAACCAGUGAACGACAAAAGUAUAGAAGAUCUGAGCCGUCCAAUUGACGCGAAUGGCACAGUUCUGUCGAAACGUGAGACUAUUCCGACACGGAAUAUCUCGGCGUCAGUGUCGACCCGCAUCCGUGUUCUACAUCUGAACACCAUUGCAACCUACCUGUCAACCGCAAUAUUGGUAUGGCUUACAGUCACAACCCUCAUCAUCAUCUGUCUGCAGCGAAAUUAUACGAGCUCAAUGGUUCGCGACGUACAGCUCAUUGCCGACAUGCUGGUUCUCGUAGCUGGUAGCGACAAGUUCUUAGAGCUCGUGGAAGAGCGCGGCAUCGCAUUAAAAAAGGACCGAGAAGUUCAGACAAUGCUGGGUUGGUUCAAGGACAAGGACGGCGAGGUUCGCUGGGGAAUCGAGGUGGUUGGUGGAAGAGAUCCAGUUCAAUGGGUGGACGCUCUAGAAACAGGGAACCAUAUCCGGGAGAAAAGUCCGCUGAAGCCUGGAUGGUUACUUCCAUGGAGGAGAAACUAG